GUUCAGUGGGGCAGACUAUUUAGCAUUAGCUCUAGUGUUUAGAACUGCGUGCGGCCGGGGUGUUGGACGCCUCUUCGGUUACCAUAGUGAUUGCUUAGACAUGGCGUCCCAGACACCGGCCGCACGACUUUUCGCCUCUUUGCCACUGAGCGAAACUGCUGAUAACGUGGAGAACAAGGCGGGGGUCGUGCUGGGGCAGAGAGGGGGGCGGGAGGUCCAUGUGAGCGGCUACUCCGAGCUGAGCGCUGCCCCGGACCGGGCCCGAGUGUCCUUCCAUCUCAGCAGCACCAAAGCGGCAGCAGCCGAGGCCAAGGGCAGCGUCCAGAGAAGGCUUGAGUACAUCGAGCAGUGUCUGCGGCAAAGCGGGGUCAUGGUAUGGAAGCAGUCAGUAAUACGGGUCAUGGGGAGGGAAACUAGGAGACAGUGCUGGAGGGAGGGGGUGCACCAUAACCAUUGAGCUGCCAAACCAUAGCCACCGAGCUAUAGUCUAUGGGGGAUGUAAAAAUGUAAAUAGGAGUGAUUAAAGGACCACUCUAGGCACCCAGACCACUUCAGCUUAAUGAAGUGGUCUGGGUGCCUGGUCCUUCUAGGGUUAACCCAUUUUUUUUUUAUAAACAUAGCAGUUUCAGAGAAACUGCUAUGUUUAUGAAUGGGUUAAGCCUUCCCCCUAAUCCUCUAGUGGCUGUCUCAUUGACAGCCACUAGAGGCGCUUGCGUGUUUCUCACUGUGAUUUUCACAGUGAGAGCACGCCAGCGUCCAUAGGAAAGCAUUGUAAAUGCUUUCCUAUGCGACCGGCUGAAUGCGCGCGCAGCUCUUGCCGCGCGUGCGCAUUCAGCCGACGGGACGGGACGGGGCGGAACGGAGGACGAGAGAAGGAGGAGAGCUCUCCGCCCAGCGCUGGAAAAAGGUAAGUUUAAACCCCUUUCUCCCUUCCAGAGCCGGGCGGGAGGGGGUCCCUGAGGGUGGGGGCACCCUCAGGGCACUAUAGUGCCAGGAAAACAAGUAUGUUUUCCUGGCACUAUAGUGGUGCUUUAACUCCGCAAAGGUUUUAUCAUUUGCAUUCAAAUGGUACAUUUCCAACCUAAUAUAGAAUUAGCGUUGUCCUUCAUUCAAAUUUUAAGUGCAGGAAGCCUUUGCCACAUCAAAUUAUGAACUAUUUUACAAUUUUGUGCACAAAUCCCUUUCAGCAUGGACAAACUAAUUAAAUCUUAAUUUACUACAAGACCAGUUGACCCAUCCAUUCAAUGAACAAGACUCCACAGGCAAUGGUGACCGAAUGGUCGAUUUAAUUUGAGCGAAUUUGAUGUUUGUCCAAAUUAAAAAAGGAUUUGUCUACUAUUUUACCUGUUAACACUAAUUAACAGGCAUUCAAUUUGUUUAAGAUAGCUGAAGGUGCUUUGUGUACAAGUCUAGUAGCAAUUUGGGAGUAAUUUGCGGUACCACCACUUACCACGCUCAAUAAUUUAAGCAACCCAGGUUUGUUUAGAGUCCAUGUGUGAUUUAAGGUGUUGUUGCAGUUUUAUUGCAAUAAAGGAGUUCAGAUAAAAGAAAUCCUGGAAAAUCAAAAAGUUAUGUAUACAUUUUUUUUUAAUUAUGUUUUUCUCCCAUAGGAAGAAAAUGUAAACAUUACUAAAGAAUUUAGAAAACUAUCAAACACAUAUCAAAUGGAAGCAGAGGUACGAAAGAUAUUUAAAACUACAUAAUGACUGCUCAACAGUCUGUCCUGGAAAUGUGUUUUACACACUGGGGUUAUAGCUAUAAAGAUAACAGAGGAUUGCAAACCGUAUACCAUAAAUAGCUAUGAGGUUUUUCCAGUUCAACUAUGUUUGUUUCAAAUGUGCAAUUAUCUUAUUAAAUUUAAAUGAUUAGUGAAUAAACCCCAUAAUAUACAAGAGAGGUUUUGAAAUUUCAUAUGAAUUAACUUUGUCAUAUCAGUAUAUGUAUGCAUUAUUUGUUUAAAGAUUGACACUUGUUUUGGGUGGCAACAUGGCAAAGUUUCUUGUAGGACUUGUAUUGAUCUUUAAAUUUUAAAGUGUGUGAAGAGUGCUGGGGUUUACACCGUGCACUUGCGCUAUCCCAGAAUAGUUUGUCAAACUUUCCUACAAUGGUUUGACAGUUUAUCUGGUAGUGCCUAUGCCUACAGCUCUACAUCCAGAUUCUCCUUACAGGAAAAUCAGGUUAGCUCUACUGAGCUAUGCAGGGCUGCAAAUCUUUGCUGAGUGCUCUCAGCCAAUGAGCACAGUCCUAUAUAGGGCUUGUUUCAGCUCAAUGAAAGCACCUGGUGUGGGCACCUGAGGAACCCAGGUAAUUUGUCAACCCAUUCUAAAAUGGUCUGAUGGGUAACUCUCUGAAGGUGUCAGGGCACUCCUGGCUCAAUAACCACUACAGCCGACUGCAAUUGCUAUGGUGCUAGGAAUGUUCCUAUGCAAAAAGCCUUUCAUUGUGAAGUACACUCAGAGACUUGUAUUAUGCUCAAGCAAUAUGUUAGAUAACGUACAUAGUAACAGGAACCAAUUGAAUGAAGAAACAUUAAAUAAAGCAAGGAAUUAGAGAUUUCUUAUUUUGUGAUAAAAUUGGAAAUUGCUUCAAAUUGAUUGCCUUCUUUUGGAUUGACGGCAAAAACGUGUGAAAGGCUGAAUUUGAUAGGCUGAAGUCUUUUUGUAACUUAUUACUGUAUGUGGCUGGUGAAACAGGUCAUAGCCUGUAUAUCCCAUGACAUACUAGGUUACAUAGUUACAUAGAUGAAGAGACUUGCAUCCAUCAAGUUCAGCCUUCCUCACAUAUGUUGUUGCUGUUGAUCCAAAAGAAGGCAAAAAACCUGGUCUGAAGCACUUCCAAUUUUGCCACAAACUAGGAAAAAAAUUCCUUCUUUACCCCAAAAUAGCAGUCAGAUGUCUCCUUGGAUCAAGUAGCUAUUACCCCACUAAUUAGAAAUUAUAUCCCUGUAGGUUAUGUUUUUGUAAGUAUUUAUCCAAUUGCAGUUUAAACCUCUGUAGUGACUCUGACAAAACCACCUCUUCAGGCAGAAAAUUCCAUAUCCUUAUUGCUCUUACUGUAAAAAAACCUUUUCUUUGCCUUAGAUGAAAUCUCAUUUCUUCCAGCCUAAAUGUGUGACCUUGUGUCCUAUGUAUAGCCCUGUUUAUGAAUAGAUUUCCAGAUAAAGGUUUGAACUGGCCCCGAAUAGAUUUGUAUAAUGUUAUCAUAUCCCCUCUCAGGCGCUGUUUUUCCAAACUAAACAGAUUUAAUUUUUUUAACCUUUCUUCAUAACGAAAAUGCUCCAUUCCUUUUAUCAAUUUUGUAGCUCGUCUCUGGACUUUUUCUAGUGCCAUAUCAUCUUUCUUUAGAACAGGCGCCCAAAAUUGCACAGCAUAUUCAAGGUGUGGUCUUACCAGCGAUUUAUAAAGAGGCAAAAUUAUAUUUUCAUCCCGGGAAUUUAUGCCUCUAUUUAUACAUGACAAAACCUUACUGGCCUUAGCAACUGCAGAUUGACAUUGCAUAUUGCUGCCUAAUUUGUUAUCUAUAACAAUUCCCAAAUCCUUCUUGUGUGUGGUUAUCCCUAAUUCACUACUAUUUAGUGUGUAAGUUGCUUGUGCAUUCUUAACCCCGAAGUGCAUAACUUUGCAUUUCUCUACGUUAAAUUUCAUCUGCCAUUUUAGUGCCCAUUCCCCCAAUCUAUCCAAAUCCCUCUGCAGCAAAGCAAUAUCCUGCUCACAUUUUAUUACUUUACAAAGUUUUGUCAUCUGCAAACACUGAUACAUGGCUUUCAAUGCCUAUUUCAAGAUCAUUUAUAAAUAUGUUAAAUAGAAGUGAUCCCAAAACAGAACCCUGAGGGACACCACUUACCACUUUUGUCCAGCCUGAAAAUUUACCAUUAAUUACAACUCGUUGUACUCUAUCCUUAAGCCAAUGUUCUACCCAAGAACAAAAAUCUUAAUCUAGACCAAUUUUGAGGUUAGUGAAAUCUCAAUGGUUAAAUCAUUUUAUAUUAAAAUGCACAAUAUUUAACAUAUGCUUAGGUGUCUUUUGUGUGUGUGUGUGUAAAUAUAAUACUGCAUUAUUUGUUUGCCAUAAGUUAUUAACAUUGUUAUAUCCAUUCUAGGUUUUUGCCAUAUUCUUGAAUUUUGAAAAAUUGCAGAGCGUCUGUAACACAUUGGUUGAAAAGCUGGAAAAUUCAAUUGCCAUAUCGCCUGUACAGUUUUAUCACUCUCCACAGUGCUUGGAAAAAUUAAGGUAUUAAACAGAACACAAGAGGAAGGGGAGGGAUGGACGGUGUUUAUUAGAGAAUUGUAGAUAAUUGAAAACAAAACUGCAAAAUUGUAGGUAAAAAUGCUUAUCUGGUGAAAAAAAAUCAGCUCUUCUUAGCUAUUUUCACUGAAAAGUACAACAUGACUGUGUGUUAUGCAGGGGUUUUAUUUCCAAACAAUUAAUUGAAAAUACAUUUUAUGACAAAAUAGCGGUACUGGAGAAAUUUUCAGUUUCAAACUGCAGUGCAAAUAAACAAGAUAAAUAAAGCCAUAAACUGAUUCACAAUCUCCUUUUUACCAUCCAAAAUAGAAAUUAAGGUGGAAGUUGUCACAAACAGUCCACAAAGGCAUGGUGUAGUGAUGUCCAGCCUUCCUACCUAGGCUGACUAGUACUGGAGGCUCAGUGACAUCCCGCCCUUCACUGAAACUCUGCCCAUAUGAUUGAUUUUUCAAUAUUUACCCAUCCCAAGCUGCUUGGUUUUAACCAUACAACUUAAUUUAUUUUGACUAAACCACAGAGGAGAAAACAUCCUAAUGACAAUUCUGCAAGUACAUAUUCAGGACUGAGUCACUGUUUGCACCAGGAAAUUUUAACAUUUCUCAUGAAAAUGUAUGAAUGGAAACAACCUCUAGUUUUACUUUAUUUUCAUACACUAUAUUUUGUAGAAUGUUACCUGCUAUAGUCAGGGCUGUGAAUUCGGUAGCAAUUUAAGGUUUGUGUAGUCGAAAUUGAUAAAACUGUACCUACUCCAACUUACUGUAGAGUAUAUGCUGGGUUGAUCCCCUACAAUUAGAGAUCUUGUAUAGGUAUAAGCCUAUUGUCGCCACAGAAGUCAACCUGUAAAAUGUAUAGUUUUUGAUUCUAGUCUAGGCCUGCGGACUUGCACACACACAGCUCCAAAGAUUUAUGUUGGAUUCAUAUGUCAUUACCUGGCCGUUCUAGCAGUGUAAUAUUUUACAGAAACCACUUUUUGCACAGAGCAGCAACAUGACAAGAGGCUGAAUUCUGUUUAAAUAUGCAGGCUUAUUUUCCUUGAAAUGGGAAAUUCAAGAUAAUUCAACACAUUUGUUAAAUUACAUUCUGCAUGGAAUUAUAUUAAUAGUGAUAUGUAAUUUUAUGGCAUUUAAAAAAAAAAAAAAAAAAGUGACUUAUGAGCAAUUAAAAUGUUUCCACAAUUUUGGUCGCACUGUAUCUAAUACAAGGAUGUUUUGUGUACUGACUCCACAGCCCUGGCUAUAUUAACUAGAAACAUUCUCAUACAGUUAAUGGCAUUUUGCUUCUUAAAUUCUGUUGCAUUUUGUCUUAAAGGAACACUAAGGUUAUACAUAGAUAUAUUUGUGAACAAUUUAAAUUCUUGCCUGGUGGUAACCACUUUCCUUCUACUUCUGAGAUCCGGAGCCUCCCUUGGUUUUCCUGAGCUACAGUUUGUCUAAUUAGAAUGAGUGUAGGAGCGAACACCAGGGCACUCCUGGAAACUUAACCACUACAGCACCCUGUAGUAGUUAUGGUGCUCAGAGUUUCUUUAACUGUGUUCAAUAUAAUCAUGACACUGAACGUAAAGACUGUACAUUCUUCACUUUGAAAUCACUAGAAGCAUGCUGACUGACUAACGUAAACAUUGCCCUUUCUCCCAAAUGACAACUUACAUUUCUCAGUGCUGGGACUACAUCUAGGCGCCAAGACUAACUGUACUAAGUUGAAAGUCUUCAUAUUACUUUAAAUUUAGAUUUUUAUUUUAAUAAAGUAUUUGUGUGAAUCAACAAAAGUAAGGUUCCAGUAAACUCUAGAACAGGGGUAGGCAACCUUCAGCAUUUCAGAUGCCGUGGACUACAUCUCACACAAUGCUCUUACAGCCAUAAUGCUGGCAAAGCAUCGUGGGAGGUGUAGUCCAAAACCUCUGCAGUACCAAAGGUUGCCUAUUCCUGCUCUAGAAAAUAGAUAUAUUCUAUUCAUCGGUUUAGACUUAAGCAUGAGUUCUGGUCUGUAUUUUUUCUACAGCUCUGUAUCCUAAAGGAAAUUUUAUUUGCAGCAAUUGCAGACAGCUGAAAAGAAGAUUUUAAUACAUUUGUUUAAAUGUUAACUUUUUGUUCUAGACGUGAGGUUUGCAUUGGUGCCGUUGGUAAUGCAAGACGCAAAGCUCAGGAAAUCUGUCAUUUGGUUGGCCAUUCACUUGGAAAGGCUUUAACCAUAAGAGAAGAAGAAAUGCGGGAAUGGGAAGAUCAGUCAGAAAACUACUACGGAUCUCUAUCUAUUCAACAUAAAAUAAAGAGUGCUACAAUUCACGCUUCUUCAAAAGUCUGUGCCACAUUUGAAAUUAAAACAAAAGAGAGAAACAAGAAAAACUGCUGAGGAAAGGUUUACCAAAAUAAAAUUAUUCAGAUUGUACUUUAUUAAAUAUAUGUAUAUAUUGUUUUUGGCAUGCUAUCUCAAGCUUCGCUGCAAUAAAGAAAACUUUGUAUUUUUCCUUAUUUACAAAAGGUGUUAGUAUAGUUUAUUAUUUUAGUUUUAACCCCUUAAGGACUGGACUGUUUUUGCGAUGUACAUUUGCAACCAGGAAUAUUUUUACACUUUUCUGGUGUUUGUGUUUAGCUGUAAUUUUCCGCUCUCUCAUUUACUGUUCCCAUACAAAUUAUAUAUUGUUUUUUUCAGGACAAAAGGGGCUUUCUUUACAUACCAUUAUUUAUAUAAUCUCAU